AGAAUGAUGCGAUGAUAGAGGGAGCUACAACAACAACAACAACAAUGACAGUGUGUCAGCAACAGAAUACCAGCAGUAUGUGUAACACCGUACGACGUGGUGCAUGAUAAUUAAUGACGACGUAGAGACCGAACAUCACUUAACAGUACAUUGUGUGUGUUGUGAACUUGUAAGACAUCGUGAAUAAAACUGUUGUUGUCUAUAAUAACCGGACGAUCCGACGAGGGCCAUGCCUACAAAGACCUUCAAGCAGAGAAGAACAUUUGAUCAGAGGAAGAGAGAUGUACAAGAGAUACGUGACAAGCAUAGCAAUAAAGUGCCUGUGAUCAUUGAGCGAUAUGAAAGAGAAAGCAGUCUACCUUUGCUUGAUAAAUCAAAGUUCCUGGUUCCAGACCAUAUUACCAUGGGUGAAUUGGUUAAAAUCAUCAGGAGAAGACUCCAGCUAAGUCCAACCCAAACAUUCUUCCUGUUAGUCAAUCAGAAGAGUAUGGUGAGUGUAUCGACCCCAAUCAGUGAGAUCUAUCAACAAGAGAAAGAUGAGGAUGGCUUCCUGUACUUGGUGUAUGCAGCACAGGAGACGUUUGGGUGAUCUCGUUACUCCACCAGUAACCUAACAAGUUACUUUGCUAUAACUCAUCCCAAUCUAUUCAUCAGGAUUCUGAAAUCUUGUUUUUUUAAUUUAUUUUCUAAUUUAAGAGUAAAUUUAAAAAGUAUAAACUUAACAAUAAGGAAAAAUAAACAAAAACGAAGUUGACGUUACUUUUAUUGUGUGCAGCUGUGUCACCCUAUACCUACAUGUACUCUGAUUCUACAUGUACAGUGUACAUUGGCCAAACGGUCAAUGUUCAGCUAUCUUUAGGAAAACAAAGUGUUACAGAAUCAUUGUCUACUAAGGCCGUGUCCGAAACGACGACUUCGGCUACAGCUACGUCUAGAUCUAGAUCAGCGCGUCUACCAGUGUUGAA